AUAUAAAUAUUGACAGUAUUUUCAUAACUGACAGUAUAGUCCUCAAACGGUCAUUACAAAUUACAUUCAAUACUCAGUAUUUUUUACUUUCACAAUAGUUCAGAUCGAUUGUUGUCUAUAGAUACUGUAAAUUAUUAAUUAGUUUAAAUAGUACAAAUAUUUUUAAAUUUACAAAAAUGGAUAAGAAAAAGGCGUGCAUUGCAAUUAUAAUCGCCCUUUCUGUAACAAAAAAAAAGCAGAUAAAACGUAAACGAUGGAUAAAAGAAUGGAUUGCUAAACGAAAAGUCUUACACUCACUUAAAUAUUUUAAAUGAAAUAAAAUUAUCUGAUCCAAAAGAUUAUCAAAACUAUUUUCGUAUGAGUGAUGUUAUUUAUAAUCAACUAUUAAACAUGCUAAGACCAUUUAUAACCAAAAUGGAUACGAAUAUGAGAGACAGUAUUUCUGCAAACGAAAGGCUUGCCGUUACUUUGAGAUACUUGGUGACUGGACGUUCAUUUGAAGAUUUAAAAUUUUCUUCUAUUAUAUCACCAACAACAAUAAGCAUGAUUGUAAUUGAGAAAUGUGAAGCUAUUGUUACUGUACUCAAGGAUCUUAUUCAGCUUCCGCAGACUCCUGAAGCAUGGAAAAUUGUUGCGAGUGAUUUUAAUGACAAAUGGAAUUUCGGUAAUUGUUUGGGAGCCAUAGAUGGCAAACACGUGGACAUAAAAAAACCACCCAACUCGGGCUCAAUGUACUACAAUUAUAAAGGUAUAUUUAGUAUUGUCCUCAUGGCGAUAGUUAAUGCGAAUUAUCAAUUCACUAUGGUUGACGUUGGAGCAAAUGGUAGAAUAUCAGAUGGAGGUGUACUUUACUAUACAAAAUUUUGGGAAAAGUUUGAAAACAAUACACUUAAUAUUCCACUACCGUCAUGUUUACCAAACACUAGUGGAACAUAUCCAUAUGUAUUUGUUAGUGACGAGGCAUUUUCACUAAAAUCUAAUUUAAUGAAGCCAUUUAGCCAACAUGAGUUGACAAACCAUCGACGCAUUUUUAACUAUCGAUUAUCCAGAGCUCGGCGUGUUGUCGAAAACGCUUUUGGAAUAAUAGCAUCUAAAUAUGGAGUGUUUCAAAGACCAAUAAAUCUUUGCCCCGAAAAAGCAGUAAAAAUUACAUAGGCUUGUUGCUGCUUACACAAUUUUUUAAUUGAAACAAAUCAGCAGCUAUAUUGUUCAAAAAG